CCGUCCGUCCCGCCCGGGGUGGAGCCUGCCCGCCCUCCCCGCCCGGGGCUGCCGGUGCUGCUGGAGGCGGCGGGCCCGUCCCACAUAAAACCCUGCGGCCCCGCCAGCCCCUUCCCACUGCGAGCCGCGGCCGCCUGCCUCCGGCGCUCUCCGUGCCAUGGCUCGGCGCCUCAGCCCCGCCAGCUGAGCCCCGGGAGCCGCCGCGUCCUGAGGGGCCGAGCCGCCCGUGACUCCGCGGCCCUGACUGCGGCCUGCUGCCCUCCGCCUGCCGCUCCGUCCCGCUCCGCCCSCAGAAGCGCUGCCCGGGGCAGAAGACACUGUCCCGCCCGUGUGUGCACCAAGCCCGCCUUGCCCUUCCCUCGCCGCCAUCGCACCUUCCCGCCUCCUGCCCCGGGGCCGGGCGGGCUCGCCUCCCGUCCUCCGCCGCCGCCGUCCCCGCCGAGGAUGCGGGUGUCGCUGCUGAGCCCGCUGCUCCUGCUGUCCCUCAGCGCCUGCCCGCACGCCGCGGAGCUGUCGCUCGCCCGCGGCAAGUGCCCGGCCCGCUGCGAUGUGUCCAAGUGCCCCAGCCCCAGCUGCCCCAGCGGCUACGUCCCCGACCGCUGCGGCUGCUGCCUCAUCUGCGCCGCGGGCGAGGGGGACUCCUGCGGCCGCAAGGAGGACCCGCCGUGCGGGGACAGCCUYGACUGCCGCUACCCCAUGGGCAAACGCUUCGCCAAGGGCGUCUGCCAGUGCAAGCUCAGCGCCCAGGUGUGCGGCAGCGACGGCCGGACCUACGACAACAUCUGCCAGCUGAAGGCGGUGAGCCGCAAGGCGCUGCAGCACGGGCUGCCCGCUGUCGCCCARGUCCAGAAGGGAGCCUGUGAAUCGGGUCACCUACAGUUCAGCAGCCCAAGAUACAAAUUCAACUUCAUAGCGGAUGUGGUGGAAAAGAUUGCACCUGCAGUUGUACACAUUGAACUUUUUCUCAGGCACCCUCUCUUUGGUCGAAAUGUCCCACUUUCCAGUGGAUCGGGGUUUAUUAUGUCUGAUUCUGGUUUAAUUGUGACCAAUGCCCACGUGGUGUCAAGCACAAAUGCAAUAUCAGGGAGACAGCAACUGAAGGUACAGCUCCAGAAUGGAGAUACCUAUGAAGCAACCAUCAAAGACAUUGAUAAGAAAUCUGACAUUGCAACAAUAAAGAUUCACCCUAAGAAAAAACUACCAGUAUUGUUACUGGGCCACUCUGCUGAUCUGAGGCCAGGAGAAUUUGUGGUGGCAAUUGGGAGUCCAUUUGCCUUACAGAACACUGUGACCACAGGUAUUGUCAGCACUGCUCAACGUGAUGGCAAAGAGCUGGGCCUGAGGGACUCAGAUAUGGAUUACAUUCAGACAGAUGCCAUUAUUAAUUAUGGCAACUCUGGAGGACCUCUAGUUAAUCUGGAUGGUGAAGUGAUUGGGAUUAACACCUUGAAGGUCACAGCUGGAAUUUCUUUUGCUAUUCCUUCAGACCGUAUCACUCAGUUUCUCACAGAGUCACAUGACAAGCAAAGCAAAGAUGGGAAGAAGCGUUUCAUUGGCAUCAGGAUGCUGACAAUAACACCUGCCUUGGUGGAAGAACUGAAGCACAAUAAUGCUGAUUUUCCUGAUGUCAGAAGUGGAAUUUAYGUACACGAAGUUGUUCCAAACUCACCUUCUCAUAGAGGAGGGAUCCAAGAUGGAGAUAUUAUUGUGAAGGUCAAUGGGCGUCCUUUGAUGACUUCCAGUGACCUGCAGGAGGCUGUGAUGAAUGAAUCACCCCUACUACUUGAAGUUCGAAGAGGAAAUGAUGACUUGCUAUUUAACAUUGAGCCUGAAGUUGUCAUGUAAAUAGAGUUGAGGAAGCUCUCACCAUAAUUAAACUCACUUAUUCUGGAACACUAGAUACCUCCUUUACAGCUACAGUAAUUAUUCUUCCUGUUGACUAAUGACAAGGUGGACUAACUUAAUUGCCUGAGCCAUUUCUGUACAUAGUAGCUAGAAUGACUUCAAAGAUGCCGUUUAUAGAAGAUUUAAAUUUCAARGAAACUUAUUUUACUGUGUUAUGGGGUGGGGGAGAAAAACAAAUUUUGGGUAGAAAAGGUCCCAUUUCCCAUACCUGCAGAUUCAGUUUUGCAUUUUGAAAGACCAAAUUACUACUGGAAAUCAGGAAGUAUAUGAAAGGGGGAAUUAUUCUUAAACUACAGUCAUGGCUGCAGCAGACCCAAGCUAUUGCAAUGCAAAAUUGAGCUUUUUUUUUUUUUUUUCUUUAUGUACCUUUUUCAAUGUGAACCUAUUAUUGGCAAAGCUUGUGUUUGUUCUUAGUGCUUCUGUGCUUCGUGUUGAUGCAGGUAGAUGUAAUCUGUAAAUAUUGACAUGAACAAAAAUGGUAUCAGGCUAUAGAGUGUUACACCUAGGUCAUGCGAUUUUUGGAAUAUAGUAAAUGAUUCUUAUAGAAUUAAUGCCUUAUCUAUAAAUCAAAACGAUGUGCUGAACAAAGUUUGAAAAAGUGCACAGUUUUUUAAGAAUUUGAUACAAACUUGUUUUGCAUUUUACUGGUAAGCUUUGCUGUAAAAUUGUUACACUACUUUUGGCUUUGACUGUGUAUGUUUCUACUGUAAGGAGAUUAAAGUUUACACAAAUAAUGUAUUGAUGUAAACAUCUUUUUAAAUGAGCAUUUCUCCCCUGCCUCUUCUGUCUGACUGGAAUAGACUCUCCCAAGAGAAAGUUUUCUUACAUAAAAUUGGGCCCUAAUGUUAUGAAAACCCUUUGCAUCCCUGUGGUAUAAUUAUUCUGUCCUUAUUUAGACUAUGUUUAGAAAUGCUUUGCACACAAGUCAUUUAUUUACACUGUUUUUUCCAUAUUUAUGAAUUGUGCUUUGAUGUCACUUGGAGAGUAUCAAGUUGGGAUCCUGUUGUCCUCAGUUCUCCCUGUACGUGAUGAGAAGCAGAAAGGAAGCACCAGUAACCCUGUUUUGGUGUUAGAGCGUGUGAGAAUUCUGUGUGAUAAACCCAGGAGAGAAACAGCUAGCAGCCAAAUCCAGAUCUCAUAGGUACCCUAACCCAAACAACUGUCUUCUUCCUUAGUGGAUAUUGCUUCAGCUCCCAAAGAGGCAGAGGAGUGUUUCURUCUGCAGCAUUUUCCACAGCUGGUGGAAAGACCUGGUUCUUGUGUCUUUGUUACGCAUGCAAAAAGGAAAAAAUGCUUGGGCAAGUUCCCUUGAGGCUGCCAUCAUGCCUGGGCUUUCUGGUUGUACCAACUCACUAAUGUGUGACAAGCCUUGCCUCUUUGGGUUUGAACAGUGCCAAACAUGUGGAAAAGAGCCAUCUGCUCCCUCCUUGCUGACUGACUGACUUCAGCUAUACAGUUCAAAGGUGGAUGGGGUAUCUUCCUCCUGAAAAUGAAUACUGUUACUUCUGUCACAGGCCCGUGCUGUAAUGAGGGCUUCACCCCACUGUGUCACUAAACAAGAACUGUUUUCACCCCACAACCACAAUAUGCUUGGUUG